AUGGCUGCCUCAUUCGCUCGUACUGGAAAGAAAAUAGUAGCCAUUGGCAGGAACUAUGCAGCUCACGCAAAAGAGCUGAACAACGCAGUUCCGAAGGAGCCAUUCUUCUUCCUAAAGCCUACAUCAAGUUUCCUCCCAUCUGGAGGUAAACUCGAAAUCCCGCGAGGCAUUCUGGCACAUCAUGAAGUCGAACUUGGAGUUGUCAUUGGAAAAGGAGGCAGGGACAUUACCCAGGCCAAUGCGGAGUCGCAUAUCGCAGGAUACACACUUGCUGUGGACAUGACUGCCCGCAACUUGCAGGACAAGGUGCGCAAAGCCGGACUCCCGUGGUCUGCUGCGAAAGGAUUCGACGGGUUCACGCCCAUAGGCUCAUUCCUCCCGAAAGAGACUGUUAAAGAUGCGCAUGACCUCCGUGUGUCUCUCAAGAUUAACGGCGAAACGAAGCAGGACGGAACGACCGCCGACAUGAUCUUCCGCAUCCCUCGGCUCAUCGAGCACGUCUCGUCCAUCAUGACCCUCGAGGAAGGCGACCUCAUCUUGACAGGCACGCCAUCCGGCGUUGGCCCUGUGAACCCAGGCGACAAGGUCGAGUGUGCGCUGACGGAAGCAGACGGGCGCGCGCUGCUCGAGCUUGACUUUGAUGCAGUCCAGCGCGAGGGCGGAUAUCAAUUCCAAGAGUAA